UGACCGGCUGGAAUAAAGCAGAGAGGAUGAGGAGAGAGAUCAGUCUGUUCUUCACCUCCCAAAACCAAAACGACUUUAAAACAAACGUUUGUUUCCUGCACAACAUCAACUCCUGUCAGAGAUGUAACGCAGUAAAAAUGUUUGUCUGAAAGUUGUUGACGGGUGUGUCAGAAGGAGAAUUUCAGGUUUUAGUUUCAAUUUUAGUCCAGAUUUUGUUUGUUUGCUGUGAAAAAAAAAAAAAAACGAAAUGAAAAACUUGAAAGUGUGACGUUCACAGAUUCACUGAUCUGACAAACACACACUGAGAAACAACACACAAACAUGCAUAUACACAAACACAUACAAGCACACACACACACACACACACACACACACAGAAACACACACACACAGGCAGCAGUGGGCGAGGUCGGUGUGUUUCAGCAGGAAUGCAGUCGUGUGUGUUUUCAGCUCCAAACUGCUGCUCACUGACUCACAGGUGACAGGUGGGCGUGGCAGAGGGGCGUGGCCUGUGGGGCCGGCUGCUGAAGGACCUGAGGUGUCAGGCUGGCAGACGUGCAGGUUUCUGUGGAACUGGCCGGACGGCGUGAAUCUGGAGGACUGACUCACUGAGGAGUUUUACCGUCUCCGGUUCAUCUGAAGACUCCAGGACUUCCUCUGGGACCCCCCUCCCCCCUCCCCAUCGAUGCCGGACCCUGAUGCAGAGACCCUGGAAUAAAUAAUCCCUCCUGAUAAUCCAGCAUCUGGAAAAUGGAGCCUCACUGUGAGACAUAAGAUCAGAUCAGAGUCAACUUCCUGACGUCAACACCAUGGCGUCCUCUGAGAAGCAGCCUUGGGGGCGGAGCUUGGCUGCAUUCUUCCCAUGCUGCCACAAAGAAUCCAACCAGCCAGAAAUCCGGAUGAUCAAUGAAAAGCCGCCGCAGCAGCCCGAUCAGCCGGCCCCUCCCCCCCAAGAACUGGACGCCAUGUUUGCAGAGCUGGUGGAGGAGCUGGAGUUGUCGGGGGAGCACCGGCAGGCCAUGUUCGCUCUGCCGGCAGAGAAGAAAUGGCAGAUUUACUGCAGCAAGAAAGCGGGAGCAGACGAGCAGAAAGGAGCGAUGAGCUGGCCGGACUUUUACAUCGAUCAGAUCCGAGUCAUGGCUGCAAGGAAGACGCUGGUGCCGCUGGAGAACGGACAGACUGACGGCAGGCAGACGGUCGUAGACGGUCUGAAGACAGCUCUGAGGACUCAGCCCAUCCGGUUUGUGACCCGGUUCCUGGACCUGGACGGCCUGUCGUGCAUCCUGAACUUCCUCAAGUCCAUGGACUACGAGACGGCCGAGUCCCAGAUCCACACGUCUGUGAUCGGCUGCUUGAAAGCUCUGAUGAACAACUCUCAGGGCAGAAGUCACGUCCUGGAACACCCGGAGAGCAUCAACAUCAUCACGCAAAGCCUGUCUGCAGAGAACAUCAAGACCAAGGUGGCAGUCCUGGAGAUUCUGGGAGCUGUUUGUUUGGUUCCAGGAGGCCACAAGAAAGUUCUGGAGGCCAUGGUCCACUACCAGACGUUUGCUGCUGAGAGAACGCGCUUCCAGAACCUGCUGUCAGACUUGGACCGCUCCACCGGUCGGUACCGGGAUGAAGUCGGUCUGAAGACGGCCAUCAUGUCCUUCAUCAACGCAGUGCUCAGCCAGGGAGCUGGAGAGAACAGUGUGGAGUUCCGGAUCCAUUUACGCUACGAGUUCCUGAUGCUGGGCCUCCAGCCGGUCAUCGACAAGCUGCGUUCCCACGAAAACACCACGCUGGACACACAUUUGGACUACUUUGAGAUGUUGAGGAGUGAAGACGAGCUCUGGAUGUCCAAACGCUUAAACGCUGCCCACAUCGACACUAAAAGUGGAGGCGGGAUGUUCGAGCUGAUCAAGAAGCGCCUGAGCCACACGGAGGCGUACCCCCACCUGCUGUCCGCCCUGCAGCACCUCCUCCUGAUGCCCUACCAGCACAGCAGGACCAUGCUUCAGCACUGGGUGCUGUUGGACCGGAUGGUCCAGCAGCUGGUUCUGCAGAACAACAAAGGUGAAGAUCCAGACGUGGCUCCCCUCGAGGACUUCAACGUUAAAAGUAUCGUGAACAAGCUGGUCAAGGAGAAUGAGGUCAAACAAUGGCAGGAAGAAGCUGCAGAGAUGAGAAAAUGUAAUCAGAACCUCCAGCAGAGCUUGGAGAAGAAGAAGAGGGAAUGUGAGGCCAAGACGAAGGAGAAGGAAGAACUGAUGGAGCUUCUGAGCAAAAUGAAGGAGAAACUGGAGCGAGAGACCAAGGAGCACAGGCAGGCCAAGCAGCAGGCGGAAGAGCUGUUGGCCCGGCUCAAGCAGCUCAGUUCUGUGGGUACCGAACAACUCGGGCCGGGUUUUCCUCCACCGGACCUUCACGCUCUUCUUUCUCUGCAGACCCCCACGGUUCCAGGAGGACCUCCUCUCAGCUCUGCUGCUCGUCCUGAUCCUACGUCCUCUUCGUCAUCGUCCUCCGUUCCUCCUCCUCCUCCUCCUCCUCCUCCAGGAGGCCCACCAGUGUUUGGUAUGGCUCCGUUUGCACCUCCUCCUCCUCCUCCUCCUCCUCCUCCUCCAGGAGGUCCUCCAGGAUUGGAACAAAGGAGGAACAUUCCUCGUCCAUCAAACCCUCUGAAGAGUUUCAACUGGAGCAAACUGCCUGAGAACAAGAUCGAGGGAACCAUCUGGAAAAAGAUUGACGAACGAAACGUGUUCAAAGUCCUGGAUCUGGAGGAGUUGGAGAAAACCUUCUCAGCUUACCAGAGACUGGCGAAGGAGACCGAGGAGGAGCAGACGUCUGCGAAGAAGGUGAAGGAGCUGUCGGUGAUCGAUGGUCGGCGAGCGCAGAACUGCAACAUCCUGCUGUCCCGACUGAAGCUGAGCAACGAGGAGAUCUGCCAGGCGCUCACCUCCAUGAACGAGCAGGAGGACUUACCCACCGACAUGCUGGAGCAGCUCCUGAAGUUUGUCCCGGAGAAGAGCGACAUGGAGCUGCUGGAGGAGCACAAGCACGAGGUGGAGCGCAUGGCCAGAGCCGACCGCUUCCUGCUGGACAUGAGCAGGUUCGACCACUACCAGCAGAGGCUGCAGACGCUCCUCUUCAAGAAGAAGUUUCCUGACAGACUGGCGGACGUCAAACCCAGAAUCGAAGCUCUCAGUCUGGCGUCGCAGGAGGUGGUCCAGAGCAGGAGGCUCCGUCAGCUCCUGGAGGUGGUUCUGGCCUUUGGGAACUACAUGAAUAAAGGACAACGUGGGAACGCGCUGGGCUUCAAAGUUCAGAGCCUAAACAAGAUCGCAGACACCAAGUCCAGCACUGACAAGAACGUCACUCUGCUGCACUACAUGGUCUCCGUGCUGGAGAAGAAGUUCCCCGCCGUGGCGGCGUUCAGCGAGGAGCUGAGGAACGUUCCUGAAGCCUCCAAAGUCAACAUGGUGGAGCUGGAGAGGGACAUCAGCGCUCUGAGGGCGGGGCUUAAGAGCAUCGAGGCGGAGCUGCAGUACCAGCGGUCCUCCCAGCGAGCCACCGAUACCUUCGUCCCCGUGGUCAGUCAGUUCUUGACCGUGGCGUCCUUCAGCUUCUCUGACGUGGAGGAGUCUCUGCAGGAGGCCAAAGAGCUGUUUCUGAAGGCGCUGCAGCACUUCGGCGAAGAUUCUUCCGCUCUGAAAGCAGACGAGUUCUUCGGCACCUUCGGCGCUUUCCUGGCAGCUUUCUCUGAGGCCCGGCAGGACAACGAGGACAGGGCCCGGCGCCAGGAGGAGGAGGAGAGGCGGGCGCUCAUGGAGGCUCAGAAGAAGGAGGAGCGAGCCCAGAGGAUGAAGAAGGCCAAAGCAAACGAGGAAGAGGAGGGAGAGUUUGACGACCUGGUGUCGGCGCUGCGCUCCGGGGAGGUCUUCAACAUGUCCAAACUGAACCGGCGGAAGCAACAGAGACCCGCGAGCAGACUGGACCAGAACCAGCCCAGAAUCUGACAGAACUGGACCAGAACCAGCUCAGAAUCUGACAGAACUGGACCAGAACCAACUCAGAAUCUGUGCAAACUGGACCAGAACCAGAAGGCAUUAACACAGAACUCGUCAAUAAUCAAUAAUCCAUCCAUCUUUUAAACUGGCUCUGUUCCUAUUUGGGGUUCAUGGCGAGGCUGGAGCCUAUCUCAGUGACUGGCAGGUUGCUGGAGCCUAUCCCAACAGCUGAAAGGUGAAGUUCACCCCGGACAGUUCUCCAGUCCAUCACAGGACCACAAAGAGACAAACAAGAACACAAAUAUAACGUUUAAAAGAAUUUA